UAUUAUGGAUCAUACUGAAGCGUGUAAUGAGGUGACUCAAGAGAGCUUUUCAAGUUCAUCAAAACGACGAAAAAAUAAAUCUACACCGUGGGAGGGUUAUGAGAAGUUGCCAAAGGAUAGUAAUACAAAUAAUAGAUUAAGGGCAAAAUGCAAAAUUUGUGGAGAUGUUUUUAUGGCUGACUCAACUUCGGGAACUACAAAUUUGAAUCGCCAUCGAGCUAAACACCUAAAAGAUGCAGCCUCUCAAGUUGUGCCAAUAAAUCACGAACAAUAUCGUGAUAAGGUAAGAAAGGCUAUAGUUAGACACAACUAUCCGUUUUGUUUUGUGGAGCAUGAAGGGAUUAGGGAGUUGCACGAAUUUUUGAAUCCUACUGUUAAGACCUUUUCAAGAAAUACUACAAGAGCCGACGUUAGUAAGUUGUAUCAAAAUCAAAAAGAAAUACUCAAGAAGGAACUUGCACUUAUUCCAAGUAGGAUCUGCUUGACAACUGAUUUAUGGAGUUCACUCAUCCAAAAUGGUUAUAUGUGUGUUACUGCUCAUUAUGUUGAUAUAGAUUGGGUUUUGCAAAAGAAAGUUUUGAUAUUUCAUCAUGUUCCUCCUCCCCAUACUGGUGUCGUUAUAGGUCCAAAAUUGAUCAAUAUGCUUAAAGAAUGGGGAAUUGAGAAGAAGAUAUUUUCUAUAACGUUAUAUAAUGCACGAUAUAAUGAAGGUGUUGUAGAUAGAUUGAUUGAACAUUUUAAGUUGCUGGAUUCUUUACUUUGCAAUGGAAAAUUUGUGCAUAUUCGAUGUGCAAACCACAUUUUAAAUUUGGUAGUCAACGCAGGUUUGAAAACAAUUGAGCUCGCCAUAUUUAACGUUAGAGAAAGUGUAAAGUAUGUUAAAGGUUCCGAGUCAAGAAUUAUAAAGUUUGUAGAGUGUAUCAAGAACCUUGGCAUAAAGUUGAAAGGGAAAUUGCGUCAAGAUGUACCGACUAGGUGGAAUUCUACAUAUUUGAUGCUUGAUAGUGCUAUACCUUACCGUCGAGCAUUUUCUGAUUUUAAGGUACUUGAUAGUCAGUUUAAAUGUUGUCCUUCUGAAGAGGAUUGGGUUAAAGUUGAAAGGAUUGCUAAGUUUUUGAGGCCUUUCUAUGAUGUCACUACUUUUUUUUCAGGGAGUCAAUAUCAUACCGCCAAUGUGUAUUUUCAUAAAGUUUGGAAAAUUCAUAUGAUGAUAAGAGAAGCGAUAGAUAGUGAGGAUCUUAAUAUCAAGGAAAUGGCUAUAGAAAUGGAGAAAAAGUUCAAAAAAUAUUGGCAGGAAGAGUACAGUCCGAUUGCUACAAUGGCAGUAGUCCUUGAUCCUCGGUAUAAGUUAAGUCUCGUGGAUUUUUGCUUCUCUAAACUUGAUCUAUCUACUUCCAAUGAAAAGGUAAAGGCUGUUGAAGAUAAUAUGCAAACAUUAUUUAAGGAGUACUUGAAACCUUCAAUUUCUGAUGUUGAUACGGUAAGAAGUAGUAGUGGUGGAUGUGAUGUUGAAAUGGCAGAUGAAAUGGAGGAGUAUGAUAAUUUUGUAAGUCCAUCUCAACCUGGUUCAAAAAAGACACAACUAAGUUUGUACUUGGAAGAGCCUGUGUUGGUUCGGAAAGGAAAUGAAAAUUUAGAUGUGCUUAAAUUUUGGAAGGAUAAUAGGAUUAAAUAUCCGGAACUCUCAUUGAUGGCACGUGAUUUGUUAAGUAUUCCUAUCACCAGUGUUUCAUCCGAGUCCGCUUUCAGUGUUGGAGGUCGUGUUAUUGGAAAAUUUCAAACCUCUAUUUUACCCGAGAAUGCAGAAGCUAAGUUGUGUUCGCGAGAUUGGCUUUAUGGUCAUCAAGCUUCUGAUGACUCUGAAGAGGAAGAUGACAUUGCAAUAGACAUGGGGAAAUUUUCUGCUAUGCCUUCCAGCUAGCUGAUGUUUUUCUCAAUUUUCUUGACAGCGCAAGAAGAAUGAUGCUUCCACUGCGUGUCAAGUUUGAAUGUUACUGUGAUGUAGUAGUUUCUAUUUGAUCUGAGAGUGUUUUUUAUCCAGACCUGCUGAGUUUUCUGUGUCAUUGCACUGUGUCACUCCUGCGAAGGAGCUUUAUACCGACUCUGGCCUGGACAUUAUUGGAUACGUGAAUGGAUAAAAGACUACUGAAGUGCUUGGUGAGGGAGGAUCACUUACGUACCUCACAUUCAGUAGCGGUGGUAGCUGCGGAUCCCCCAUGUCAAUCCUUAACAACUGUUGUUGGAGUGAGAACGAGGAUGAGGAAAUGGAGAAGAUAUAUUAAUGAGAAAAUUUGUUUAUUCUCCUUUUAGUAUGCAAUACUAUAGUCUGGUAUAGAUCCAGGCAUGCAAAUAAUGUUUCUUUGUUUUUAUCAAGUCUAGUAGUAGUAUCAGUUUUUGGUAUUUGAAUUCAGUCCUGUGGUAUUUUGUGUCAUGAAAUAAACUCUCUGCUGAGUCGAUGAA